AUGAGGUUAUCUCCUUUAUUCCUAGUCCUCGGCUCGUCCCUACUCGGCGGAGUCCAAGCAGCAGCGAAAGAGGACGAUCGCGAGAACACUUACUUCAAUUCGAUGAAGGUGCCUCCAAUACUCGAGCUGACCCCCGAUACUUUCGACAAAGAAGUCAAGUCUUCGCAGUUCAUGCUUAUCAAGCACUACAGCCCUUACUGCCCGCAUUGCAUAGAUUAUGCGCCCAUCUUCCAGACGCUGUACGAAUUUUACUACACUUCAAAACCCGAGACCGAGGACAAGUCUUUCACGGAAUUCUACGACUUCCGCUUCGCCACAGUCAACUGCGUGGCAUACUUUGACCUUUGCGCUUCCCACAAUGUUCAAUCGUACCCCAGCACCAUCCUGUACAAGAACGGCGAGGUCGCCGAACUGAUCAAGGGCGUCAAGGAAAUCGAUCAAGUCAGCCCCAUCCUUGAAAAGUACUUGGAAGCUACCAAGCCUGGAUCGAGACCCCGAAGCCUCAGCCUCCCUGAAGCUGGCGAUAAAAACUCUCCCGGCAAGGAGCCUGGCAAGGCCGAUGACUCGAAGAAAGCUGCGGACGACAAGACCGACGCCAAAGCUGACUCCAAGGCUCCCGCAAAGGCCGAUGAGAAGACCGACGCCAAGGCGCCACCUAAGGAACAGACCCCGCCUAAGGCUCCUCCUGCAAAGGAUGAGAAGGCCACCGAGGCCAAGGGCGAUGCGAAGGCCGAUUCCAAGGCCGAUUCCAAGGCAGAUGCAAAGCCAGAUGCCGUUAAGGCGGAGACCAAGCCUAGCACCACUGCAGAGAAGGCUGUCGCGACUCCCACGAAGGCCAUUGUCAAGAAGCCUACCGUUACCCCCAACAAGGAGGGUAUUUCCGUGCCUCUUACCGCGGAGAAGUUCCAAACGCUUGUCACCAUGACCCAGGAUCCUUGGUUCGUCAAGUUCUACGCACCGUGGUGCCACCAUUGCCAGGCCAUGGCGCCUAACUGGCAGCAACUGGCCAAGGAGAUGAAGGGGAAGUUGAACAUUGGAGAAGUGAAUUGCGAUGUCGAGUCCAGGCUUUGCAAGGAUGUUCGCCUCCGUGGUUAUCCCACCAUACUUUUCUUCAAGGGCGGUGAGCGUGUCGAGUACGACGGGCUUAGAGGCCUCGGCGACUUCGUGCACUACGCCGAGAAGGCUAUCGAUAUCUGCGACGGCGUUCAGGACGUGGAUGCCGAAUCCCUGCAGGUCCUCGAGGAGAAGGAGGAGGUCAUCUUCAUCUACUUCUACGACCAUGCUACUACCAGCGAGGACUUCAUGGCGCUCGAGCGCCUGCCUCUCAGCUUGAUCGGCAAGGCUAAGCUCGUGAAGACCCAAGAUCCCGUUCUCUUCGCCCGCUAUAAGAUUACCACCUGGCCCCGCCUUCUCGUUUCCAGAGAAGGUCGCCCAACAUACUACCAGCCGCUUACACCCAAGGAGAUGCGCGAUGUCCACGGCGUUCUGAACUGGAUGAAGUCGGUCUGGCUGCCAAUUGUUCCUGAGAUGACAGCCUCCAAUGCCCGUGAGAUCAUGGAUGGCAAGAUCGUCGUUCUCGGCAUCGUCAACAGAGAGGACCAGGAAGGCUUCCUGAGAGCCAAGCGCGAGUUGAAGAGCGCCGCCAACGAGUGGAUGGACAAGCAGAUUCUUCUGUUCCAGCAUGAACGACAAGAGCUCCGUGAUGCCAAGCAGCUUCGCAUUGACGAGGCUGACGAUCGCGGUGACCAACGUGCCUUGCGCCAAGCCAAGGCUAUUCGCAUCAACAUGGACAAGUCCGACCGCAAGCAAGUCGGCUUUGCUUGGGUUGAUGCCGUUUUCUGGCAGAGAUGGAUUCGUACCACUUACGGUAUUGACACCAAGGAUGGAGAUCGUGUUAUCAUUAAUGAUGAGGACAACCGCCGAUACUGGGACACUACCAUCACUGGUAACAACAUUCUUCUGUCGAGGACAUCGAUCCUGGAGACCAUUAACAAGGUCAUCACCUCGCCGCCCAAGAUCAAGCCCAAGCUUACUAUCUCGAGCUUUGAGAAGAUCUUCUUCGAUAUGCGCGUCACCUUUGUUGAGCACCCUUACCUGACUAUGGGCUGCAUUCUCGGCUUGGCUCUUGGUGCUGCCUCCUGGUUCCGUGGCCGUGUCCGCAGGGGCCGCGGCGGCCACUUCCGCCUGGAGGAGUCUUGGGGGAACAAGGAGCUGAUGAAGGAGGGCCUGCUGGGACCCAACGGUAACGGCAAGGUGGACUAG